AUGGCUGGCCUGCGCGCGGCUAGAGGGGCUGGCACGGCCGCCGACGACCUCGCGCUGCUGGUGCGCGCGGCGGUCCGCGGCGCUGUGGACGGCGGCGCGCCGCGCCGCACGGUCGCCGCAGUGGCGCGCUCUGCAGUCUCGGCCGCCGCGUUCGCGGCGCGGCCGACGACGCAAGCGCACGCUGCAGACGGCCGACGUGACGAUCAUGAUGCUGAUGCCGUUGGCGAUGCCGCUCGCCCAGCUGGUGCCUCCGCGGAGGCGAAGCGGGCGCGGCGUCGGCGCCGCCGCGCGGCGCGCGCGGCUCGCAAGCAGCAGGUAAACACCGACGGCGACGUGACGACGGCUGGUGCUGGCAGUACUGGUGCGGGCCUGGGGCUCGCCCUGCUGCCCACGGCGAUGGCGGUCGACGGCGCCGACGACGAAGACCUCGCCUCGUUGGUCGACGACUCCUGGGCUGACAGCCUGCCUGUCGGCGGGCGGCGGCGGCCUGGGCGGGGGCGCGAGGGCAGGUGGGUCGCGGAGGCGGCGGCUGCUGGCGCGGGCGGCACGGGCUCUGGCUUGGCCGCCGCGGCGGCCGCUCCCGCGGGCGCGGCGCUGACCCUUGCGAGGGCCCCGGGCGGGGCGGCGGCGGCGGAAGCGGCGGAUCUCGCUCGCGGAGCGGGAGGUGCUGCUGGAGCUGCUGCGUGCGGCCUCGAGCGCGCCGGCCUGGCUGGCGGUGCCGAGCCACGGCGGCGUGGGCCGAGGCGCGCACGGGCGAAGGCGCAGGCGGAGGCGGCGAGGGCGGCGGCGGAGCUGGGCACGGCGCUCGCGGGAGCGGCGCCUGCUGGCGGCGGAGCUGCUGCCUCGGAAGGCCCAGGGGAGGUCUUCGAGCGUGCCGACUGCCUCCUUCGGCAGGCGCCUGGCUACGGGCCUCAGCUCAGCGUGCAGCUUCGGCAGAUGCUGGAGUCCGUGAGCUGGAGGCCCGCCAGCGCCGUGUGA